UUUCCGGCCUGGCGCGGCCUAGUCCCGCGGAGAGGAGCGCCGCCACCGCCGCCGCCGCCGCUCCGGGGAUGCUCCUGCUGGCCCUGGGCGACCCCGGGAUGGAGCCGGCCCGGCCCGCGCUGGUCAUCCGCAUCCGCAUCCCGGACGGCGGCGGCGCCGUGGACUGGACCGUGCACCCCGCGCCGCAGCUGCUCUUCCGGGACGUGCUGGACGUGAUCAGUCAGGUUCUUCCUGAUGCAACCACAACAGCUUUUGAAUAUGAAGAUGAAGACGGCGAUCGGAUUACUGUCCGCAGCGAUGAAGAAAUGAAAGCAAUGUUGUCCUAUUAUUACACAACUGUAAUGGAGCAGCAGGGAAAUGGACAGCUGAUUGUACCCCUGCAGAUCUACCCAAGAGCUUGCAAGCCUCCUGGGAAAAGGAACAUACAUGGCCUGAAGGUAAAUACACGAGCAGGGUCUGCUAACAAUAGCAGUGCGGCCAUCCCAGACUCCCUUCCAAGCCAUAGAGCAAACCAUGUCCCCAGUGGGAAAAUACUAGCUGUAAAGGUGAUUCCUUUAGAUAUUACAUUAGAACUUCAGAAACAGAUUAUGUCCGAAUUAGAAAUCCUUUAUAAGUGCGAUUCAUCGUACAUCAUAGGAUUUUAUGGUGCUUUUUUUGUAGAAAACCGGAUUUCCCUUUGUACUGAAUUUAUGGAUGGGGGCUCCUUAGAUGUCUACAGAAAAAUUCCAGAACACGUCUUGGGAAGAAUAGCUGUAGCUGUUGUUAAAGGUCUUACUUAUUUAUGGAGCUUAAAAAUUUUACAUAGAGACGUGAAGCCCUCUAAUAUGUUGGUGAACACAAGAGGCCAGGUCAAGUUAUGUGACUUUGGAGUCAGCACCCAGCUGGUGAAUUCCAUAGCAAAGACCUACGUCGGGACGAAUGCAUAUAUGGCACCAGAACGAAUUUCCGGAGAACAGUACGGCAUCCAUUCUGAUGUAUGGAGUCUGGGAAUUUCCUUCAUGGAGCUCGCUCUCGGGAGGUUCCCCUAUCCUCAGGAAUCUCCUGUCCUUCCGGUUGGGGAGUUCUCGGAGCCGUUCGUACACUUCAUCACUCAAUGUAUGAGGAAGCAACCAAAAGAACGACCAGCCCCUGAAGAAUUAAUGGGCCACCUCUUUAUUGUGCAGUACAAUGACGGGAACGCCGAAGUGGUCUCCAUGUGGGUGUGCCGGACUCUGGAGGAGAGGCGUGUGCAACAACAGGGAUCCCAGUGAGAGGAAGAGCGAUGCGCUCUCUCUCCCCCACGAGACCGGAGCCUCCGAAGAGCUUCACAUUGCAGAGUGGAGCCCGCCAGGAAAGAGCCGGCGUCUUUUCUUCAAGAAAUUCAGCAGGCGUCCUUUGCCCCCCGCGGCUCUCACUGCCUCCUCCUGCAUCCCUAAGACAAGGCGAACAUAUAUUUUAUAUUUGAAUGUGUAUAUAUUGGCCUCCCAAGUAUUUUAUAUGCUUUGGGGGUCUUUGCUAGCGAAACAAACAUGAGCAGAAAAGGAAGGCGGCAGCCCUGUGGACUCAGUCAGGCGCCUGCUUUUGGAUUGGGAUUGGAAACUGAACGUUAUUAAAUGAUGGGCCGGUGAAAGAAAAUGGACCGAGGUGAAAGAAUAAAAAAGCGUACGCAGUAUCUGCCAAAGGGUGUGCGCUAAUGCUUGCACUGUCCCCUGUACCUGCUACUCCUUACGUAGGACGAGGUGGACGCCAGGGACAUCAAGGAGACCUUAGCAGAAGAUCAAACAGGAGGAAAAGUUGGGCUGGGCUUUCAUUUGUUGAUGGUGUUGUUAUUCCCUUGAGCGGUAGGACAAUUCCUUGAGGUUGGUCUGAAGUUCAUUCUUGGGGGGAUUCUUGCCUGAACUGCAGAAGAGGUGCUGCUGGCCAGGGUUGAUAGCAAAGUUGGACCCUUUGAUUGGAAGCUUCCUUUGUUCCUAUUCAACAAACCUAAGAUAAAAAUAUUAAAGUCUCUCUCUCUCUUCCUCCACAAAUGUUGCCUGAGGCUGAUGUGACUUAUCAUUCCUUUGUUCAAUUAAAUGUGUGUAUUUGUGCAACCUUCACCGGUGAAAGCUGCAAUAGCUACGUUUUUAGAACAUCAGGCUAAAUUGAGCCUGGGCGGUUGGUGACUGAAGACGGUCUGGGAAUCCAUACUGAUAAAAGUGACUUAGCAAGUUGUGUGAACCGUGCCAUCCUAUUAAACUCUAAUGUUUUUAUUUGUUUAUUUAUUUGUCACACGAAUAUAUAUUCUGCCAAUUUAUCAGGCUCUAGGUGGUGUACAUGGAUAAUGCAAUUUAUCUGUUUGUGCAUAACAUUAUGGGGGGUAGCAGUUGCAUCUCCUUACCUAGUUCAGGGUUUAGCAUCUUAGGUGAAUCUGCUGAAACUGAUCCAGGUAAUGAAGUCUAUCCAUUAACCUCACCAACUGGAGUCACGGGUCAAAUGGAGACCCAACUCAAAGAAGGGAGGCUGGAAGUUGUGCAGCCCUCUGAUUGUCUGACCUUCAGUAGCUACUCUGCAAAAAAGAAGAAAACCAAAAACAGGAAGAAGGAAAUUGUGCUGUAAUCCAGUCCACCAACAACUUCUGGACACAGUCUCAAAGGAGUCCAGCCUUUGAUAGCAAACAAGGUUUCUCUGCACCCUAAAACGUGGAUCUGUUGCAGCUGGCUGCUUUAUGGACUGCCCUAUUCAACUUUUGUCGCCUGUCUAAAUAAUUAUGACAUUAAAAGACUUACACUGAAAGUUUAAGAA